UCUCUCCGAUAUAUAAUUUAAAAAUGUUUAAACUUCUUUGCGUGUUCACUGUUUAUUUUGCAGUUAUAUAUGCAGAAGAGAAGAAAGCUGAAAUAACAUGGGGACGUACUAUAAAAGGAAAAGAUUAUCCUGGUGUAACUAUAACAUCGAGUAAGGAGAAAACUGAUAUUACAUGGAACGAACCAGUAAACGCACAAAUAAAUCCUUUAAGAGCUACUUUCACCAUUGGAUUUACAAAUUCGAAAAAAACUGAAUAUGGUGACCUUGAAAAUUUGUGUGCCGAUGUUAAAAAAGGCACAUUCAGAGAAAGGAUUAAGAAAUUCGCUUUGAAAACAAUUGCAAAUAUUGAUGAUUGUCCAAUAAAGAAGGGUACAAAAGCAACUUUUAAAGUACCUUCAACUUUUCUGUUUACAAGUGAUUACAAUGAUUGUGGACCAUAUCGAUCUGAAUUGAAAAUAUUUAGAAAAAAAGAUAAAGACAAUGCACAUCCAAUAAUUACGAGUGUUACUCGUGGUAAUAUCACUGGCUGCAAAUAAGAUUCAAAAAUGAACAGCUGUCCCAAAAAGAAAACUAAUUUAAUGCUUUUCUUUCAAACUAAGACAGUUACUAUU